AUGGUUGAAGAACUUGAGGAGCUUUGGAAGAAACUGUCAUUCACCGAGGAGGAGGAUGAAGGUAUUGAGCUUGGAAGUGGUAGCACAAAAGUAGCGAAAGAAAGAGGGAAAAAUUGUGCAGUCCUGAAAGUGUUAACACAGAGAAGUAUAAGCGUGGAUGCCUUGAGGAAAAACAUGAGGAUGAUGUGGAAACUAAACAAGGGGGUGCAAAUAUCCGAGAUAGAAGAGGAUUUAUUCUUGGUUGAAUUUGGAGAUGGUAGGGACAAGAAGAAAGUCCUUGAUAUGUGUCCUUGGAGUUACGAAAAACAAUUAGUCUUAAUUCAAGAUUUUGAGGCAGAACUAGCACCAAGGGAGAUUGACUUUAAAUGGUCUUCGUUUUGGGUUCAAAUGUUCAAUCUGCCCUUGAAGAGUAGGACAAGAGAAAUAGGAGAGGUUAUUGGCUCCAAGCUGGGGACGGUUUUAGAGGUGGAUUUAUCUGAAAUAGGGGUCCAUUGGGGAAAAUGCCUAAGGGUGAAGAUACAGAUCGACGUAACAAAAAGACUGGUGAAGGGGAAACGGGUUACCAUAGAGGGAGGUGAAAGCAGGUGGAUUAACUUCAAAUAUACAACUGUGGGUUGCUCAGUCAUGCACUGA